AUGGUGUUGCUGCUCUGCUUGUGCCAUUGGACGGGGUCGCUGCUCCUGCGCGACGUUGCUCGCCUGAAUGAGUCUUUUUAUUCUGUGCGUUUCGAGCUGGAUGGACUUGCUGACGAUGACGCUGUGACUUUGAUGCAGAGCAUGCCGAUCACGGACUCGCGCAACACACCACGGGCAAUAAUUACUUUUCACAUGUCGAGAGAGACUUACACGACCUCAAAAUCAAUCGCGACUCCAGAUCUAUACCAACGCGACAAUACCCAAUGGGCCGGAGUCCAGUGUGGGAAUUUGUGGAGGAAAUGGCCUCUUUCGGGCUCUUGGAGCUCGAACACCGACAUGCCCACGCCCACGGCUCCAUCGGAGUGCAUUGCCUACGUCAAGACCACCGGGGUCAGCGCGACAUCGGAGGAGGCCCCUCGUCGUUUAUUAGCAAAAGAAGGCCAUUUAUUGGCUUGCAUAAAGAAAAGCACCAUGUUCUCCAUGUGCGGUUGA